CUUUGUAUUCAAUACCGAAUGACGCUGCCUAGCGGUUUCCCUGUAAAAAAACAAGGGCUACAUUCCCUAGAUGCAGUUUGGUUGCAUUCAAUCAGAUUUGCUGCAUGUGACAUGGAGCCAAGGAACUAUAAAUGUGGGGAUGUGGUUUGGGUCAUGGCCGGCAAAAGACUUGGCUGGUGGGCCGGACGUGUCGAAAACGUGGAGGAAUUACGCCAAGACUUGGUAGGAGACGUAAACGACAAAACUAUUGCUGUCGUCAAAUAUCUAAAUGAAGAAAAUUACCAAUUUGUGGAAGAUGAAGCCAUCAUUUGUGCCUAUGACUCAGACCGGAAGGAAGAAUACAUAUCCAUUGGAAUGAAAAAAUAUUUCGAGAAGAAAAGAUUAAAUGAAACAAGUAGUCCCUUCAUAAAAUUCGCCAACAAUGUCAAACAAGCCGAGCAGUUGACUGGUGGUAACCCUGAUAUAGUUGAUGAUGAGAAAUAUCAACCGAAGAAAGCUGUACCUGCACAGUCAAAGUACAAAGACAUUUUUGUGGAUCCCAGAGUGAAAGAAAUAAAACCAAAAUCUCCCAUUAAAGGGGGAGCAACCAGUUCUCCGCGACGUCCUGGCCGCCCACCUGCCAAAGAAGUCGUCACUCCUAAAGUCAAUCACCCUCGCUUUCAGGGCCAAUCGGAUCACGAAGUGAGAAUUAGGAGACAAGAAAAAUCGCCUGCUACUGGAUCGCCAGGAGUCGGCGAGUACAAAUGUGACAGUUGUAGCUUUCAGACUACCCGCCUCAAUCUCAUGGUUUUCCAUAAGAAAUCUGAACACCUGAAGAGCUCAAACACUGCUACAACCAGAACACCUACUACUACCAACACCACCAAACAAAGAACUGCGCAGAAGAGGCCGCUGAAUUCACCAACCAAAAAAACGACUAGUAAAAAGAGUAAGACAGUCGCGGAACCAGAACCUGAUGGAGACCUGUUUGAUCAAAUCAAGCGAAACUUAGAACCCAAAGAGACAACCGAUAGCAAACCUUCUCCUCAGUCGAAAACGUCUGUCAAAGCCUCGCCGAAAGUAGCCAAAACUCCUAAACCGCCUCGUACACCUCGAUCAGCCAAAGUUGCAACCGCUGCAACGUCGGCCAAAACUCCUACAGUUAAAGCCAAUGACACCAAGACACAAUUCAAUCCGAAGAAGAAAUGGCUCAAGUCCCUUCAGAAAGAAGCAAACCCAGAAGUUAAGAACAAAUUGAUGGCAGAUUGGGACGAGGAUGACGAGGAAGAGAAGCAGCAACAGAUCCAGAGAACAGAAGUGUCUUCAACUAAUACAGAGAGUCAAGUAGAGCCAACAGCAGAUAGUGAUUCGGAUGACGACACUCGGCCAUCGAAAUCCGGCCUCCUUCAUCAGAGAAGCGACGACGAAGAAGAUGACGACGACGAUGCAGCAAUAGAGACUGACACACCGAUCCUCAAAAGUCCUGAGAAAAUCACCCAGUAUGAUGAAGAGGCAUCGAACACAGAAGCGUCGUUUAUAGCUGGAAUCAGUGCCGAAAUAGACAAACUCAAUGCCGAUCUCGAUGCCACUAAUCAUGAAACACGAAGUUCAAAGAUUAACGGCGAACCCGAAUCCACCAAAAGUUUGUCUCCUAGAAAAGACACGAGCCCAGCAUUCGUGAACGGCGUCGAAUCGCCAUCCCGUGAUCCUCAACCUUCAAAGGGCGAAGAAGAGAUCAAGCUCGACGUGGCAUCUCUUUUAGCCGAGACUAGUGUACCUAUUAUCCCAGACAUAACCGAGCUUAGUAAAGUCGUUGAGAACGAGGUCGGGAAGAGAAAAUCCUCCCAGUCAGACGACGAGGAAAUGGAACAAGAAGUCGAGAACGAGGAGAUCGAAAAAUCCAAUGCAGAACCGCCAGUGGAACACGGAGAAAUGGAUCAAGUAGUUGAGAACGAGAUCGAGAAGACCAAUUCAGAUCCACCAGUAAACGAAGAAGAAAAAAUGGAUCAAGCAGUUGAGAACGAGAUCGAGAAGAAUAGUUCAGAUCCACCAGUAAAUGAAGAAGAAAAAAUGGAUCAAGCAGUUGAGAACGAGAUUGAGAAGACCAAUUCAGAUCCACCAGUAAAUGAAGAAGAAAAAAUGGAUCAAGCAGUUGAGAACGAGGUCGAGAAGACCAUUUCAGAUCCAUCAGAAGACUUAGAAGAAAAAAUGAAUCAAGUUGAUGAGAACGAGGUCGAGAAUACCAUUUCAGAUCCAUCAGUAAACGUAGAAGAAAAUAUGAAUCAAGUUGAUGAGAACGAGGUUGCAAAGGCCAAUCCAGAGCAGACGAUGGAGGAGGAAGAAGUAGGUCAAUUGCAAGAUAAUGAUGCCAAAAUUAAUGAAAAUUUAGAACCUUCAACAAAUGCAAGAGAAAUGGAUCAGGUGGUAGUCGAAGAAGAAGAAGAAAAGAACAUUUUCUGUGAAACUUUGUCAGUCGAAAAAGAAGUAACAGCAGUGGCCUUGCCAGAAAACGGAAUUGAAACCGUACUGGAGAAUGGAGUCGAAGUUGCAGUCGAGAAUGAAGAGGAAAUUGUGUCCAUGACUCAAAAUGGAGAGGCAACCGAAGUCGUCACAACCAACGGUGGCAGCAACAUUCUGAUGCAGGUCGAAGGAGGAGAGACGUACAUGGUCGUGUGGGAACCCGGCUCGAAUAUACAUGAAUUCUUGGAGUGCGGAGGUGACGGAGAUGACAGCACCGGUGGCACUCAGACGUUGCUUAUCGAUCCAUCCUCCCUGCAAGCCGGAAGUGACUUAGAAAACCUAUUUCAGAUGGCGGUCGCCGCCUCUGCCGUAUCCCAACCUCAACAGAACGAGCAGUCAAAUCCAACAACGUCAGUCACUUCCAAAGAUGGUAAAAGGUCAACCAAAUGUGCGUCUUCCAAGGGUACACCCACCAAGGGUAACAAGUCCCAACUCGCCGAGGAAUUGCUCAACAAACAUGGAGAUGCCGUCAAUAAAGAAUUGGAGCCCAAUACGUUGGUGUGGUAUAAGAAGAGUCCUCGGCUUUUCCUGCCGGGAGCCGUGAUCGAGUCGUCAGAUCCCAAAUCCAUGACCCUUCUGGCAUUCAACAUCGAGCAGCCCAAUAAUCAGCGCAAAUACCAACGCAAUCGAGUCAUUGCUGCCUUUCACCACGAGCUUAACCUUGAACUUCUGACUUUCGGCAGGACUAGAAACAAAGCAGCCGACCGCCAAAAACUCGACUUCUUCUUCGAUCACGCAUCCAGUUUCUCUGAUUUACGCAACAAACCGAAUUUUACUCAACUCACCGCCAGACAGUAUUUAACUUCCUGCCAUCGCUCGCCUGUAAAAUUGUUUUCCGAACGCUACUUAACGUCAUCCCCAGAGAUGAUGGACCUUUCCUUAUUAAUGGAGAACAGUGAUUCUGAAGAAGAGACUGUAGUAGAGUCUGAAGAGGAAUUGAGUAGGAGGCGAGAAAUUGUGAACACGAUGCUGGAAAAACAUGUUUUGACCGAUUCCUGCCUUCAGCACCUUGCUGACUUUGUUGAAUCACCUUCAGAAGAGAGGGCCUUCAGGCUGAACCUGUACGAGUCGAAGAGCUGGAUUCAGUUGACUCGUUCCGCAACUACAUCUGGCAUUCUGGAAAACUCACGCGAGCUAUACAGCAAAGUGGCAGAUUUUCUCGACGAGAACGUGCAUCGUGUCCGAAAACUGCAGGAAGGGAAAGACCAUAGAAGAGCUUUCAUACUAGAUUUGUUGAUGCCAGAAGCUCUAGUCUAUGGUGUCCAACAAACAUUCCAUGUCACAUACCAGGAAGCUAAGGAAAUGGUGGUCUAUGGCUUGAAAAAUGUAUCAGUCAACACAUCAAUUUAGAUAUUUGCAUGAUUCACUGCUUGCAUCAAAUUUAAUAAUAAUACCACAGUGUUGUUUCUUUUGAAUUCUUUUGACUGUAUUUCUGUCUGAAUUCUUAUCUAUUUGUCAAUGCCUAUACACAGUAAUUUGCAGAAAUAAAUUUUCAAUGAUGAUGAUGUAGUUCCUCUGCCUUAUUGCCAAACUUCUUUUCCCAGUAGACUAUAUACUCUUUCUUCAUUUCC